ACUGCGCAUGGUGCGAGAAUCAAUCAUUGUACUCUUUAGAUUCUCGCUUCACGGAUGUACGGUGCCCUAAGUGCUCGGGUCAAUCCCGCGUCGUCCAUCCCUCCUGUCAAUUUGUCCUGGCCUAAACCACUCAGAGCAAGCAUACGUAUCUCUCAGGCGUUUCUCCGGGGCCUCGGCAGCAGGGAAGGUUCGCAACGGCCGGCUGCAAUAAAUAACGACCACUGCGCUACACGUCCCCUCCCACCCUCUACCCAGUGUGAGUUUGAUAUAUCGUCUCGAUGAUCGCUUCGCAAAUUUGGCUCAUCACCGGUGCUUCGUCAGGUUUCGGAAGGCUCGUCGCAGAGACGGUCCUCGAGAAUGGCGGCAUCGCGAUCGCCACCCUUCGGAACCCCGACGCCCUCUCCGAUCUCGCAUCGCGAUACCCGCCCAGCAAGCUCUCGGUCCUCAAACUGGACGUGCGCAACGCCGACGAGAUCCGCGAUGCCUUCGCCCAGGCGAAGGAGCUCUUCGGCCGGAUCGACGUUGUCUUCAACAACGCGGGCUUCACACUCAUGAGCGAGGCGGAGAGCGCGUCCGAGGACGUCGCCCGGGAGCUGUUCGACGUGAACUUCUGGGGCGCGGUGAACGUCAGCCGGGAGGCUGUCAGGUUCUUCCGCGAAGUGAACAAUCCUCAGGGCGGUCGACUCUUGCAGGCGUCGUCUGCUGGGGGCAUUGAGAGCCUCUCUGCCCUCCCGUACUACUGUGCGAGCAAACACGCGCUCGAAGGCUUCACGGAAGGUCUCGCCGCAGAACUCCGGCCAGAGUGGAACAUCAAGGUCACGUCGAUCGUCCUCGGCUCAUACCACACCAACGCCGGACCGAACAUGAAGCGUCCACCCCCGCACCCCGCUUAUAUCGACGCCGACACGCAGCAACCCACCGCUCGGCUGCAUCUCUACACGAAGCCAGCCGCCUACCCCGAGGCCGCCGCCCAUCUGAUCUGCAAGAUCGCGGAGCUGCAGGACCCACCUCUGCGCGUGCCGCUAGGCCAGGACGCCGUCGAGACCCUGCGGAGGAAGGGGCAGAGCCUCCUCGAGACCGCGGAGGAGUACCACGCGUGGUCGGAGAACGUGCCGUUGAUGAGUAUAGAGGAGUUCCUGUCGAAACUGAAGCAGCAGACCGCCGGGGCUGCGACAGUAAAUUGAGUCUAUCGUCGACGGUUCGCUGACACUCGUCAACACAUGUAUAGCUAGCAGGGAGGGUGGAGUGGAGACUAAGGCACUGACGGAUGUGUAUGUUACAUCAUGAGGCAACAAUUGGCUCGAGAAGCCCGACAAAGG